AUGGCUAUCGCCAUGAGCAUCAUGGUGUUUGGCUACGACUCCUCCUUCAUUGGCAACCUUCUUGCCGUGGACAGUUUCAAACGAGAUUUUGGACUAGACGGGGUUUCGACAAAGGAGAAAAAUGAUACAACGAGCAAUUUGAUCAGUGUAUACUCUGCCGGCGCUUUUUGGGGCUCUGUCUUCAUGCUGUUUCCGCUAGACUACCUCGGCCGGAAAAGCUCACUCGCUGGAAGCAAUGCCCUGUUCGUCCUGGGUGCCAUUCUAAGUACGGCGGCGAAUGGAAACCUUGGCAUGAUGUACGCCGGGCGAGUCAUUUGUGGUUUCGGGAUUGGCGGUGCCGUCUCGGUUGCUCCGACGUAUAUCUCGGAGCUGUCCCCGCCAGCUAUUCGCGGACGCAUGACUGGCCUAUUCGAGAGCUUUUACCAAGUCGGCUCGCUCGUUGGCUUUUGGAUCAAUUUUGGCAUCGACCAAACCAUUGACACUAAAAAGUCAAUCGCCUGGCAGAUUCCUAUGGCAGUUCAGCUGAUCCCACCUGGCAUCGUCCUCCUUGCAAUUCCGUGGCUACGGGAGUCCCCGACUUGGCUUCUCAAGAAAGAUAGAGAUGAAGAGGCAUUAAAGGUAUAUUCAUAUAUUCGCAACUUGCCUGAAUCUCACCCUUACCUCCACGAAGAUAUCGCGUUUGUCAAGGCGCAGAUCGAGUUGGAACGUGCCAUCACAACGGACAAUAGCAGGCGCGCGUCAUUCAUCGAAUAUCUCCGCUGUGUGUGCAAGGAGUCAGUACAAAAGGGCGUUCGUAAUCGCUUUCUGUUGGUCAUUAUGAUCACAAUGUGGCAACCCUGGUGUGGUGCGGUAGCAGUGAACUAUUACUCGCCAACCAUUUUUAGGUCCAUUGGCCUAUACAAUACCACGUUGUGGACUGGUAUCUACGGCGUCAUCAAGGCGGGCGCGUCUAUUAUCUACUUUACCGUCUUUAUUGAUAGAUUUGGACGAAAGUGGCCCUGGAUCGUGUCCUGUGUCGGCUGCUCGGUCUGCAUGUACUAUCUUGCUGGUUACGUGAGUCUUGCGUAUCCUGUACAAGGUGUCCCGGAAACCGCGUCAGAGGUUGCCGCGGGAAAGGGUGCGACGGCCGCUAUCCUCUUAUUUGGCUUCAUGUGGUCGUUUGGAGCCAAUGGCCUCCCCCUUGUCAUUGCCUCGGAGAUCUUCCCGCCAAGCCUGCGCAGCGUCGCUGGACCCUUUGCAUCCCUGAACGUGUGGCUUUGGUCAUUUGUCACGACCAAGACGCUGCCUUACAUGUAUACGAGCAUGGGAUACGGUAUCUACGUUUUCUUUGGCUGUGUGCUCAUCUGCGCAGCCAUCUAUGCCUUUUUCUACAUUCACGAGACGAAAGGUUUGCGUAUCGACCAGAUGGAUGAGCUGUUUGGCGGUGUUGGUGGCCAGAAGAUUGACUACGAGAAAGAAGUUACGGAAGUGGAGCAUAAAGAGAAUGUUCAUACUAUGAAGUGA